UGUAGGCAACCUCAGACAGGUGGAGGAGACGUCCUCAAGCAGCUGAACUGCACCGUGGUUGGAGCUGAUCGGGCAGGACUGGGCUGGGCUCUGGCUGGGCUGCAGGACUUGCAGAGGUGGUGGCUGUGCACGCUCGGUGCGCGGAUCCUCCUGCAGCUGCUGGAUUCACAGUAUGAUACCAGAUCCAAAACAUGGUUUGGCUGAUUUUCCCAUCAUGAGCCUUUACACACAUGCUGGAAACUCAAAUGUGGACUCGGGGAGGACGAAGGAUGUAGUUGCAAUGGAUUAAUGAUGUGUACACAUGGGCUUCGAUUUUUUCCCUGAGAUUAUUGGCUUCUAAUAUUUAUCAGCCUGUCUUGGCCAUGGAGAACCAAGCAGCCGAGCCGCAGAACUAUGAAGAUGUGCAGAAAAGCGGCUAUCUCCGCAAGCAUAAAUCAAUGCACCGGCGAUUCUUCGUGCUGAGGGCGGCCUCGGAGCAUGGUCCUGCUCGACUUGAGUAUUAUGAGAACGAGAAGAAAUUCCGCAGUAAAUCACCUGUGCCCAAAAAAGUACUGAACCUGGAGACUUGCUUCAACAUCAACAAGCGGGCAGAUUCCAAGAACAAGCACAUGAUAGUCCUUUAUUCCCGCAGCGAGAGCUUUGCCAUCGCCGCAGACAGCGAGGAGGUCCAGAAUGAGUGGUACCAAGCAAUGCUGGACCUCCAGUGCAACUGUAAAACUCCUGAAGACUAUGGCAGUAGUGGAGAGUGUAGCUCUCCGUCUCCUGUUCCAACCUUCAAGGAAGUAUGGCAGGUCAAGGUUUGGCCUAAAGGUCUUGGACAUGCCAGGAACUUAGUGGGUAUUUACCGGCUGUGCUUAACUGACAAGACAGUCAACUUUGUCAAACUCAACUCUGAUGUGGCAGCUGUGGUGUUGCAGCUGAUGAAUGUUCGCAGGUGUGGCCAUUCAGAGAAUUUUUUCUUCAUUGAGGUGGGUCGCUCAGCGAUUACCGGCCCUGGAGAGUUCUGGAUGCAGGUGGAUGACUCUGUGGUGGCCCAGCACAUGCACGAGACCCUGCUGGAAGCCAUGAAGGCCCUAAGUGAGGAAUUCCGUCAGCGCAGUAAAUCUCAGUCUGUGGGGACGUCGUGUGGAGGUGGUACUGCUUCAAACCCAAUCAGUGUCCCGAGCCGUCGGCAUCAUCCAAAUCUGCCACCAAGCCAGGUGGGCUUCUCCAGACGAGCCCGCACAGAGACCCCUGGAACAGGAGGCAGCAGCACGAGCACUUCACCUACGUCACGCCACGGAUUUCCGAGGGCACGGACUGCCAGCAUCGGGGCCAGGUCGGAGGAGGGCGGAGCAAGUGCCAAAGGAACAUGGGCCAGCUCCAGCCCAAGUCUUAAUGGUUCCUGUUCAACUACGCCGACACUGAGGCCCAAGCCCACCAGGGCCCCAACUCCUGCUAAGAUUACCCUCAGCCUUGCACGUUACACGCCUAAUCCUGCUCCCUCUCCGGCGCCGAGUCUGUCCUCCAGCUCUGGUCAUGGCUCAGAGUGUGGCCUAGUGGGAGCAGCAGUGGGAGGCAUGAUGAUCUGCUCCUACCCUCGCGUUUCUCAGAGAGUUUCUGUUUCAGGUUCACCAAGCGACUACGGCUCCUCAGAUGAAUAUGGCUCCAGUCCUGGGGAACACUCUCUGCUUGUACCCAAUCUGUCUGGACAUCACGGAGAAGGCUCCUCCAGUUAUAUAGUGAUGGGACAGCGAGAGGGUCUCCUUGGUUCCCAUCAUCGCUCAAAAGGCCGACGGAUUUUGCGGCGCUCAUCCAGUAGGGAAUCUGAGGCAGAGCGCAGACUACUAAGUAAGAGGGCUUCCCUGCCUUUGGCUGCCCAUGAACGACUGACCACACAUAGAAAAGAUGAAGAUGAUGAGGAUGAUGAAGAAUAUGCCAUCAUGUCGCAGAGUGCUAACCGAGAGAGAGCUGAUUUGCACCAUGGCUCAGGGGGGUUGGCAGUUGGAGGUGGGGAUCUUGAUGCAGUAGGGAAAAAUAGGAAGAGGGUUGACAAAAGCAGGCGAGAAGGGGAAGGUGAAGCAGCCGUGGAUAAUAGCUAUAUGUCAAUGUUGCCUGGAGUCACGUCUCCUCCUGUUUCACUCUCUCUCUCGAUAGGUAUGUCUGACACAAGUGCUAAACCUGGGGCAGAUGAUGAGUAUAUGGCCAUGACUCCCAACAACAGUGUCUCCCCCCCUCAGCACAUCCGCCAGCCCAGCACAGAGGGCUACAUGGUCAUGUCUCCAAAUAGCAGCAGCUCCACAGACCUGCACGGAUCGUGCAUGUGGGAUAGCAGGGCCAGCAUGGAGAGCCGGGCUGCAAGUGACUACAUGAAUAUCUCACCUGUCUGCAGCCGUUCUGCCAGCAGCACACCGCCUUCCCACCCCGAACAGCACCAACUGCAACCAAAAAUGUUCAAUUCCUACUUCUCCCUGCCACGAGCUUAUCAACAUACUCUCUAUACUCGCUUUGAGGAGGACCUAAACAAAGGGGAAGGAAAAAAGGACAGCAGUAGGCAUGAUAGUGCCGGAAGAGGGGGGGGAGUGGGAUACAGCAAGAGAAACAAAACUGCAGCAGGCUCUGCAGGAGGCUGUCAACUCUCCAUGUCUUCCUCUUCCUUCUCCUCCAGCUCAGCCAGCAGUGAAAGCCUGGAAGACAAGUUUAUAUCUGCAGGGAAAGGGUUAAGUUUAGUAAGAACUGGAGCAGAGUACAAGUUUGCAGGAACACAAAAAGAUGGGCGUCAUCAUCAAAAACGUGGAUCAAGUAGUAAGAGCCCAAAGCAACAAAGGAGGGGUGUGUCUUCAGACAUCACUAAAGCAAACACCCUGCCCAGGGUGAAGGAGAAUCUGCUGUCAUCAGUAUCUCAAAACGUUGAUGAGUAUGUCAGUAUUGUGUUCAGUGAGGACAAUAAGUAUGGCGGAGGGCGACGUUCUGGGUCUGAACGUGGACAACCUGUGAUCCAUGGAACCCUCCGGCCUUUGAAUCAACCACUUCUUUGCCAUGAUAAUCCUGUUAACCUUCCCCGCAGCUUCUCUGCUCCGUUGUCCACCUCCGUCGAAUACGUCACCAUGGAUUUAAGGAAGUCCUCAUUGCCCCUGACUCCUGUUAGAUCCACAUUCAGCGCCCCACAGGGCCCACCAGCUGUUGCCCUCAAGGCCCGCCGUGAACACAGCACGUCCUCUUCUCUGGCAGCAGAGGGCAAUGCCGGGUACAGAACAAAAGCAAAGAUGGCAGCAAUGCCAACAGAUGCCCCUGCUCCAUUUAUUGACAUCAAAGGUUCAGAUCCCAGCAUUUCAGCGAGACCUGCCAUCCACUCUGGUCAACCCUCAUCCAUUGAUCAGGAGACAGGCUUGGGUUUUUCCCCUGUCAAGUCCUUCCAGUCUCCUGAGCGGAGCAGCAGAUCGGUCCGAGGUGACCCCCAGGGACGGCAGAGCCACCGUUCAGAGACUUUUAACUCACCUCCCUCCCUGCCACGCCACCCACCCUCUUCUACCUCCAUCUUCCCAGAGGGCAGCCAGGCAGCGAGCCAUCGGCAUGGUUUGGAUUGCUCACUGUGGGAGAACAGGCAGGCAGCUAGUUUAUCUGCCACACCUCCACCACAAGCCUCAACCUCAUCUGCUGAACAAGGCCUUAACUAUAUUGACCUGGACCUGGUCAUUAAGGAGAGCCCUCAAGCCGGAGUGGAGCGUACCUCUGCCGCCUACAACAUCGGAGGAAGCGCUAUGGGAUGCAGUGCUGGCUCCGGCCUCAACACUUAUGCCAGUAUUGAUUUCUAUAAGUCAGAAGAACUGAGAGCACACCAGAACAGUAGAAAGGAUGGCCAAGAUUGUUGAGCUCCAUCUUGGAUCUGAGCGUGAUGCCAAUGUGACGGCUCCAAACCCUGUCUGUGAGUGGCCCAAUCUGUUGCCACAACUUAACUGUACACUGGAGUCUGAACACUUAAAAACAAACUCAUCCCCAUCCCGUCGGCUGUAUCUGUCAACCAAAUGUGUGCCAAACACACACACACACACACAUACACACACACACACACACACACACACACACACAGACAAGGUAAGGGAAAGGUUUUGUUUAUGCCUUGUUUUGAACAUAAAUGAAAUUUGACCAUCAUUUAACUUAAUAUAGAUAAAGGAUGACAAUUUGAUAUGUGGCGUGUGUGACUUCUCAGGUGGCCAUUACGGCAAAAAAGUCCAUCUGUGCAUCUUAAUUUAAAACACAUUGUGAUUGGUGCAUGGGCCAAUCUAUUGAAGUCUUGUAAAUCAAGGCUUUAAGUGGCAGCUGACUCGAUCUCAGCUGCAUUCUGGAGUGUUUCUUUUUUUGGUCCCAAACUUGAAUGCUAAAGGUUUUUUUUUUAAUAUAUAUCCUUUGUCCAUAUGUAAUAAGUUGAAUGAUCAUCAGGUGUCAUUUUGACCCAAAAUGGAAGGAAAUGCAGAUUGGCAGUGGUUUCAUACACUCAUAUAUGCUGUCACUGUAAACAUAUUUAAUUUAUUAUAUACAGUUGCUAAAAAAAGCCUUUAUACUUGUUGACCACUUUUCUUGUGCCACUGACGGACUUCAAAAUGUGCUUAAUUUCUGAGGUUUAAUAGUUUAUGGAAUUGGCAAUGAAAGUGUGUUAUAUAAAUGAAAUUUAGAUAUGAUAUUUGUGUAUUCAGUCAGUUUUUCACACAGGAAGAAAAUGAUUGUGUGAGAAUCCCACGCAUCUUAUGCAAUCUUUAUAAAAUUCCGAGGAGUGUAAGAGUGUAUUAAAUAGGAUAUCAUAAGAUUGCAAUUUCAUUUUCACACUGCAGACGACAUCGCACUGUUGUACUUGUGCUUGGAGUUUAUCUUUAGGUUGUAGUUAAGGGAUGAGGUCAAUGGCUUUUUUUUUUUUUUUUUUAAAUCCUUUCAAAAUGUUCCGACACAGAACUAAGUUUUAUCCCUAAAGCUUUAGAUGCACACUCACACAGGAUGCAUGUUUAUACAGCUUCAGCUUUGAUUACGCACAAACCAAACAGGUCCUGUGACGUCCUGUGGCUGAUUCGCAAAUGGUGCCAGUAUGAAAGUCAUGCAUCUCAGUGGUAUUUUAGGAUAUUUGGUAGAUUCAUUUCUACGUUUUAGUUUUCAAGGUUUGAAGGGAAAGUUAACCGAUCAUCUGUCUGCCCAGCGAGUAUUCUCUCCUUUUUUGGAAAUUAUUUUUCCACUUAGUUAUUUUAUCCCAGAAUACAAAUGACCAUAUUUACAUAUACACUAACAGUUCAAAUCUUCAGUAACUGCAUUUACCAAAACAAAGAAAAUCCAUAUAAUUGGACUCUUGUGUGCUGUUGCAGCUCAAUUGCUGCAGGACAUAUCACAACAUGAUUGAUGUCACAUAUAUCCUGUAUAAAAGCAGGUGCAUAACCAACAAUGCAUUUAUUCAAUAACCACAGUAUGCAACAUUGCAUAAAAUGGCCAAAUUAACAAAUAUUCUUCUGCUAUGCAUGUAAACAGCUUAAUUAAAAUGGCUUCGAACACGCAGUAAGACCAAUAAUUAGAUUGUAUGUAUGUAAAUGUCCUCACUGAGAUGUGCUGAGGGGACCUGAUAACAAACUUGUUAGCGAGGGAAGCUGAAUACUACGGUUUUGAAAAGAAAACAUUUUUUAACAGCUAAGGGACUGUAUGCAAAUGAUUGGGGUUGGGAGAGGGGGCUGAAUCUUAUUUUUAAUUUUAUGAAAAGCAAAAUCCCAAUGCCCGCAAUAUAUUUUUGGCAAACAUAUCCUACCCUCUUUGUUUUUUAACACAGAACUGCUAAGUCAACGGAAGCUCUCUGGUUUGUUGAACUUCAGCACAUUUCCCCCACAUUUCUGAUAACAAUAUAUCAGAUGAGGCUGACAGAUGACUGUAACACUGAAUCAAUUUCAGGAUGCCUGAAUCACAUGGCCGGGCAUGUUGGAGACAGAUUACAAAGAGUGCAGCAUUCACUAUCAUAAUGAAAGCCAUCUGUGUGAUGUAACUAUUAUAUUUAAAAAAAAAAAAUUUAAUAAAUCUGACAGGGGGAGAAUGAAUCUGGGAUGAGAAAAAGUAAAAAACGCUCCCCUGCCCUCCCAAAAAAACCAUAACCCUCCCCCGUCUCUGAUCGCCUCUAGGCCUAUACCACCCUAAAAAUUGUCAUACAGUCCCUAACUACAGCCCACAAAUGAAGUCGUCAAUAUUUUUUCUCUAUUUGAAUUUUAAAACCUCACACCAGUGUAUAAAUGACAAUGUUUUUUAUGAAAUUAUUUAGCACUUUGAGUUGUUUCUGACCAAAUAACACUUAAAAUUAAUGCAUUUUGAACCAUCGUGUAGCACAAAAGCGUAAAAAAAGUCAGUGUAUAUGCUUUUUUUGCAACUGAGCUUUUUUAUUAUAACUGUAUAUUAUACUUUAGUAUAAAAUACAGUAUACAAGUAUAAUGACAGAAACUAUAGUAUGCAGUCUGUUUUCCUCAUUUGCAUAACAGUUAACACAAUUCUAAUAUAAAGUGACACAUUACAAUGGUAUAUAAAAUAUACAGUAUACAUAUAAUGAUUAAUACUAUAUAGCCUAGAUAUCUAUAUACUCUUUUAUAAAGUGCCUCAUUUUUGAUUGUAGCUGUUUUUACACAGGUAAUCUGAAAAUGGGUUGUGAAAAUGGGGAAAGAGUGUUGUUUCCCUCCUGAGUCCAAAUUGUAAAUAUGUUGAACUUUACAGAAGACAGACAAGACACUUAUAUUGCUAUCAGUCAGCCAUAAUCAAAUUGCCUUACUGUGUUUAUCAGAAACAUGAAAAAAAAAUCUUGUUUUAUUUUUUUGCAGUGCCUAACACUUCAACACUUCAGCCACAAUGUAAGCACUCCCUCGCUCUUUUGUUUCGUCAGGCUGACGUUUGGCCAAAAAAAAGAAGAAAAAGACCAUCUUUUUCUCUCCGUAGUUUCACACUCUGGGACGCAUCCACUUCAGGCCCUACUUUCUAAUUUGUUUUUAUUUACUCCUGUCCGCUACCAACCAAGCAUCCACUUGUUCAGGGUAAAAGCUGACGGCCUGUUACAGAUGGAACGUCCUCCAUCUGAAGCUGAUUGUUAGUGGACACUGCAACAGAAAGCUUGCAGAAUACAUGAGGAUUCUACAUUGUAUAGAUUUUAUUGUAAUAAUAUUUUUAAUGCCUUUCCCUGUUUUUACAGAAAGAAAAAAUGAAUACAGUUGCCAGUGUCUUGUAUAUAAAAUAAGUUGUCCAUGAAGAACAUGAACAAGAACAGAACAUGAACUAUGUGCUCUAAUUUACUUGCAGUAUAUUUUGAACCCCAAAACAACCAUAAAAAGAGGUCAUUUUAACUCCUCACAGUAGCCAGGACUAGUGUCUAACAGUAUUAACAUGCUUACGUAUUGCUCGUAUUAUCUGGAAGUGGAUUCAGUUCCCAGAAGGUGUGAAUAUUGCUACUUCUCUCUCUCUCUCUCUUUAUCUCUCUACAUUCAAACACGGGACUUGGUCAAAACUAUGAGACAGUGCCAUUCCUGCUCACGCCUCAUUACUUUCUCAUUUAUUCCAUUGAUAACAUUCUGCUGCUGUCAAACAUAUUGCCAAAAAGUCUGACAACAAUUCAAAAGUCUACCAUAAAGAUAAUUUUCAAAGAGUAGACACACAAAAUCAGUCAUAGAACUGAUUUAAAAAACAAACGACAACAAAACUUUCACUUGGACAGCCACGGGGCCAAAAAAAAAGUUACGUGUUUUUCUUAAGGUAGUGUGUUUUAUAGUUCAUGACUGGUUGCGUACUGUAUCCAGAGCUGCUGGUGGAGAGUUUGGCCAUGUUGUGACAUUAGUGAUACUGUAUAUUGAAUCAGGACGUGUUGAUAUACAACAAAAUUGUCUACUGGAUAUGGUGUUGCAAUGCCAAACACUUCACUAAUUGCAGUGACCAAAACCUUCCAAUCCAGGGCUCUGGCUGUGUGUAUACAGGGUACAAAUGAAGAAGGCUUUCUUGAUGUAUUUUUGACACUGGAGCUUUUCCCACAUUUAGAUUGAGUUUUUAGUUCACUAACCAAAUAUCUCUGACCCUGUGGCAGAUAUGAAAUGCUUCACUGCACUUGCACGCUGAUACACAUACAAAACAAUUUGAGUGUUUUAAUCCUGGAGCUAAAAAGGUUUAGAUAUUUACUCUGAUUCAGCCCUCAACUCACAUCAGAAUGUCCUCUCUGAUGAGAGAUGAGGGCUGAAUCAAGUGCCUGGCUGUGAUUACUGGUGUCUGGUCAUUAACCAGUUAUGUUUGAGUUAUCUCGGUGCAUAGAUAUAAAUUCAAACCAGCUCCUGGAAAACUAAGUCUUCCACACAUUUCUAUGAUAUUCAAUUUGAGAUGUGCGCAACACCUGUCCCUCAUUUCCUUUGCAAAGGAUGUGUUUCUGGUGCCAAAGUUUUAUGUGUAUGGUGAUCUCUGAGCUUCACACUUGAGACCCGUGACACCAAACUAAUACAAAGUUUAAUUUGGUUUUUACAAAUUCGUCAGGCACUUAUCAGUCACUGUUUUUAAUCCUAUGAAGUAAAAAAAAUGUAUGUUGAUUGAGCACAGCCUACUACUGCCAACAGUUUAUGCUCAAUACUGACAACUUUAUUGCCAAACUAUUGUAUAACAAAUCCAACUACAUGGACUAGUUCCACUUUUAUAAAUUGUGUUACUCUUUUGUUGAAGGGAUCUUUUAUAAUCUCUUCUUCUGUUAUUCCUUCCGUGUAACUCUUUUAAUUGGGGAUUAGUGAGAUUUUCUGACUGUACCUCAUAAUCUCAAUUUUGAACAGACGUAACAGUUGGUAGUAAAGCACCUUGGAGAGUCUGAGAAGGGUUCAGGAUAUUACUGACGUCAAAUAGGAGGAAGGCACGAAUAAAAGCUGUGGCUUUGGGUAAAUAUCAAUUAAUGUGUUUUGUAUUCAAAACUACUUUAACAGCGUGAGGCUCUCUGCAGUGUUUCCAUUCUCAUGACAUUGGCGGUCGUACGGAAAAUGCUUCUCAUCUACGAAUCAUCAGAAUUCUGCCAAGUGUUUUGAUUUAACGAAAUGCAGAGACUUGUGUUAUCUCUUCAGAACAUUUUGUGACAACAUGUUGAAAACAAGGCACAUGAAUUGCUCAUCAGACUCUAACUGUGGGAAAUGAUACUGUAUGUACAAUCAGGAUAGCGAUUAUAAUUACAAUGGAAAGAGAAUUGUAUGUAUUUUAAAGCUAAUGAUGCUACUUUGAUAAUUAUGUAAAAUGCAAAAAAGACUGAACAGGAACUAUAGGUAUGUAAAAUAUACUGUAGUGUGUAUAGAGGAGUUUUGCUUGUUAAUGGCGAAAUUGUUUAAAACAGAAUAUUGAUGAUUCUUGUCUGUGAUGUAGACAACGUCAAUGUUGUUUUUUUUUUGAUAAAAGGCAAAGUGAUAAGAAAUUGGAAAAUUGUGUGUUUAAUGACUGCAUGUCUAUUGAACAUAAAAGUCUACAUUGAUGAUGUUUUGCAACAUGUAGUCAAGUGAGUCUAGACUGUUGUAAGCCAUUGAGUUUUUAAGGAUAAGCCUGUGGACAGAGGGCACAUGUAUUUAAUCCCAGGCUACUCUGUUUAAACAGAUGGUAUUUUGUUUAAGUUCAGAGGUGAAUACCAACAAAGUGACGUUGUUUGACUAGCAUAUUUUUCCAUGAAAUCACCAAGAGAAUAACUUGCUACUGCCCAUUAAUAAGUCAUUGCAAUUAAUAGUAAUGCAUCAAAAUGUAAGGGAAUAAAUUCUGAUUUCCUACACUU